AUGUCGUUUCCAAUCCCAUUCCGUAAACCCGCAUUGUCGCUGUUGCUGCUGCUCCUCGUCGUUCCCUUCUCCUCUACCUCGACCGGCGGAUCACAACAGCAAUUAUCUGCCACUCGAUUGCUUUCCGAGGCCGAUCUAUGCGCCAGUACCCCCCAGCCCAGUUCAUGUCCUAUCAACUGCUUCAGGGCUGACCCUGUUUGCGGGGACGAUGGAGUUACCUAUUGGUGCGGCUGUGCCGAUGCUCAUUGCGCGGGGGCUAAAGUUGUCAAAAUUGGAUUUUGCGAGGUUGGUAAUAGUGGUGGAAACGGAUCUUUCCCUGGUCAGGCUCUGUUAUUGGUGCAUAUACUUUGGCUCAUUGUUCUGGGCUUCUCUGUUUUGUUCGGCCUCAUCUGA